AUGAUAAACAUGAUUGGAUUUAGUCAAGCAAACGAUUUAUCGGAAGUGUUUUCAGCUAAUAUGAAAGACAGUUCAUUGACAGAUUGGACUACUGAUGAAAUCUCUUCGACAAACCAUUUUUGCAAUGAAAUCGAUGAAAUUAUGAAACAUGAACAUGAAGAUGUGAUCGUACUUGAUGACUCGUUAUCAAUUCCGCCACUUGACCUUGAUAUCGACUCCAUAUCCGAUCUACUCGAAAAUCCGUCGUCAUCAUCGUCAUUAAUUACAUCAAAUUUAAGUCAACCCUUGAAUAUCAAUGAUCUAUCAUCGCCAUCAUCUACAUUCAGUACUACGAAUAACAAUUCGCAGUCGACACCGACAAGCACAUCUGCGUACUCAUCACUAGGGAUCAGUCCGAAAUUUACAACGUUAAGUCUGAAUCAUAAUCCAUUUCAACAAUAUUUUCAAUCGAAUAGCUUACAAAUACCGACAUUUAAUCCUCAGCACGAUAACUCCGUUCUUGGAACAUCAUAUCCAUUACCACUGCAGAGUAAUAUAAGUAUUGCUCCGGAUGUCAAACGCUUCCGGUCUGCUAGUAUGAACGAUGGCCCUUCGUUACAUCAGCAGCAGACUAAAAUAGAUCCUCGUCUAUUCGAUCCUUUUGCAUUCAAAAGUCCAUCAUAUAUCGACGUUACAUCUGGCCAAAACGAACUAACAUCAACGUCGGAUAUACCAUUGAGUGCAGCAUGGUGUCCUCGUCCUCCGUCGAAUUCAUUUUCGGAAGUGGACAACCAACAACAACAGCAACGUCGUUUAAGAACAAAAUUAUCAACAUCAUUCAAUGGUGCACCUACUUUUCAUCAGCACAAUCCAACAGUUAACUUUCGACCGCAAACAUUAUAUUCAAUCAAUCAGUCGAUGAACGAAGACCUUAUUCCAUCGACUCGAAAACGACCGUCCCUAAAUGAUUUUCCUGAAGAAGAAAUCACAGAUGACCCAAGUAGUCCGAGUUACACUGUUGAACAACAAAGUGAGCCCGAUCUCUGGUCGGAUGCCGAACAAAACUCAUCAGAUCAUAUACAAGAUGAAGACACGAUUUCCGACAAUGAAACUACUGUUUCAUCAAGUACGACAAAAGCAGCCGGAUUGAAUCCGCCGUCACUUUUUUGGCAAUACAAUGUUCAGUCGAAAGGUCCGAAGACGAAACGAGUUCUAUACUUAAAGGAACGUGAUCCACAUUUGCAUCGUGAAUUCAGCGAUCCUGUUUAUCAAAUAAAGUUAACUCAAACGCAAGGACAGACAUUUACGAAACUUCGCAAAGGUGAUGGUAACGAUGUUACGCCAAAUCCAUUAAAACUAUAUGAUCUUGGAAAACAAAUUCGUGAUCUUUCCAACAAUUCGUCAUCGGUUUAUCAUGGAAUAUAUCAUGUCGAUCAUCAUACAAAUAAUAAUGAUACUGCCGAAGUAAAGAAAGAAAAAAACAAGAUUGCCAGCAGAGCAUGUCGUUUACGCAAGAAGGCACAACAUGAAGCCAAUAAACUGAAAUUACAUGGCCUCAAUGAAGAACAUAAAUCCUUGAUCGAUAUCAUUGCAUCAAUAAAAGUAGCAAUACUUCAGCAAUACCAAGAAGGCCAAUCUACUUCACCAUCUGCAACUCAAUCAUUCGAAAGUACACUCGAUCAAUUGAUCUCUACGAAACACAACCAACGUGUUGCUGGAAAUACAGAUGGGUUUGUUCGAACAAUAAUAAAUGACAUGGAAACUUUGUAUACACCCAAACCUCAACGAAGUUAUAGUCUUAAUACGUAA